AUGGCCAUGCGAAGGCUGAAGCAUCUGGAACAAAAACUUGCGAAGUCGCCGAAGUUGUAUGAAAAUGUGUGCAAGCAGGUUCAAGAAUAUCAGAUGAAAGGCUAUGCUCACCUAGCCUCUGAAGAUGAGUUGUCUGGAUCCGACAAUCCUAAAGUCUGGUACCUUCCUUUAAACGUAGUUCUUCAUCCGAGAAAGCUAGAAAAAGUCCGUCUUGUAUGGGAUGCAGCGGCAACAGUGAAGGGCGUUUCCCUCAAUUCGCAGCUCCUCACAGGGCCAGAUAUGCUGGUACCGCUCACGACUGUAAUCAACCGCUUCAGAGAACGUCGGAUCGCUUUCGGAGCAGACAUCCGCGAAAUAUACCAUCAAAUCCGUAUAAGAGAUCUCAACCCUCCAGAUAUCGACGUCACCUACACGAGACCUACAAAACGACUUGUGUUGAGCUGUGUAAUGGGGUUCUUUGACCCGCAGGGUCUGCUCGCCCCAUUUACCAUUCAUGGCCGGAUGCUAGUUCAGGAUUUGUGGCGCACAGGUUGCCAAUGGGACGAUGAAAUUUAUGACAGUAGUUUUGCUAAAUGGAAACGGUGGACCAGCUUGCUACCGGAAGUCAAUGCUAUUCGUAUCCCGCGUUGCUAUUUUAACUGUGUCUCAGCUGAUGGGCAAAUAGAGCUUCAUAUAUUUACGGACGCUAGUGAGUUUGCCUACGGUUGCGUUGCCUACUUUAGGACAAUUAUAAACGGCAAAGUUCAGUGUUCUUUGGUGAUGUCACGUUCGAAAGUGGCGCCAUUAAAGCGUCAAUCGAUUCCACGACUCGAGCUUAUGGCGGCAGUGCUCGGAGCCAGAGCGAUGCACAGUAUUCAGUCGAGUCAUUCUUUCCUCAUUCAGCGAAGAUUUCUUUGGACCGAUUCUUCAACGGUACUUAGCUGGAUCCGUCCUGAGCAACACAACUAUAAGCAGCUUACGGCGUUUAGGAUUGGGGAAAUAGUGGAGUUGACGAGCGUAUCCGACUGGCGAUGGGUCGAGACGAAAUUCAACAUCGCUGACGUGCUUACUAAGUGGGGCAAAGGACGGCCGCUACAAUCGGAUGGACCAUGGUUUCAAGGGUCAGAACUUAUGUACCAACUCGAGCAGGACUGGCCGAGGCAGGUGCUACCAGCUCCGGGUACAAAGGAGGAGAUGAGAGCGUUUUCUCUUUUCCACGACGUUAACGUUCCAGAGCGUUUGAUGAACGUACAAAACAUUUCCCGCUGGCUUAAAUAG